CCCUCAGCUGGAGGACAUGAAAACAUACGCACACACACACAGACAGAGGCAUCACUACCCUUCAUGAGGACAACAACAAAUCUAGCAACUAAUCCUGGACUUUAAGGCGUGAGAGGACGUUUUUCUCGCCAUAAUGAGGAGUCUUUGAGGAAGUUGAGAUCCAGGUUACAAAAGGUGAAGUUUGGAAGAUGAGUGUGAAGAUAAAGAAGAGUGGGAUGGUGAUCAGAUGGCACAAGUCAUUCUCCAUCUUGGCUCCAUGGAGGAAAGGUAAAGAUGGAGACACGGUACUGGACAGUGCAGUCGUGCUUACAAAAAUGAAAUUAUUCAGCAACAUUAGCGAUCAACUUUUAUUGGCAGACGACUCUUCCAACAUCUCAACAGCUUCAGAGCAUAAGAUCUCACUUCACUCUAAAGAAUCUUUGGUUGGUUCCCAAGUUGAAGACCAGUCAGGACAGCAUCAAACUGAGUCCAGUAGGAAGUACCUGUCAGAGAUUUUGUCAGACUCUCAGUUGUCCAGGUUGCACAAGUUUCAGUCGGAGGACUCUGGAGUGGAGUUUUCGAGUGGUGCUAACUCUCCAUCCACUCCGACAGGCUCCGAGCAGAACUUUGUUGUCCACAGUCGUGAGUCCUCCUGUGACUCAUCAAAUUUAACCCCAUCCCCGCUGACCCACUCUGAAAAGAAUGGACAGACAUCUGCCAUUCCACCCCCAGAGGUUACCAGUAUAAAAGUGAACAACAUGCUGACACCUUCUCGUCAACUCAGUUCUUCAUCCUUGAAAACAGGCGUGAACAUUGCUGUGGAUCAGUGCUGUGUGUCACAAAUGAACCUGGAGGACAUGGACAAGAUGAAGGAGGAGGACACCGAGAACUUCAAUUCUGGAAAACAAAAAUUAACGGACACCAAUAAUAACAAGGCUGACAAGGAGUCUUUAAAGGGGAGUCUGGACAAGUACAUGGAUGAAUGCUGCAGACUCAGCCAGGUCCAACAGUUAGUCUCCAAUCCUUUGGGGUCAGGACUUGGUUACUUGGAGCACAUCUGUCAGCUCAUUGAGAAAAUCAGCCAUCUGCAAGAGACCAACCUUCGACUUCAGAGGCAGAUCUGUCGCUUGCAAAAGGACAGCAGCAUGACAAGGACGAAAGAGGACUUUUUCCAACAUCACUGCAGCUGUGGUGCAGCAGGUCUCGUUUUUCCGAACAUGAAUGAGGUUUUGUCACCUGGCGGAACAAUCUCUGAUCUCUCAACCAUUCCCGAGGCCACACGGCAUCAACUUCUUUCAACCACGAGAGACAUGAGCAGUUUAACACAUAAACCUUUGUGGCAAAGAAGUGAUGAUUACCACAAUGACACCACCAAAGGGCUUUCCAUCUUCUAUCAGCCGCUGAGUGAUUCCCACACAUUGGGCAGAGUCAAAGACUUGGUGAAGAGAACCAAGUUGAGAAACCAGAGCAGACUGGGACUGUCCACCUCCUCUCUGAAGAUGUCAUGUCCACAACUGUACAGGCCCGAUUUUGGAGGAGAACAAGUUGCUGGCAGAAACAGGAGCUCCAUGGUUGUGUUGGGACACCACAACACGUGGGACAUUCCUUGGCUACAAUAAAUAUAUCCAGAUGGCGCCACAGAGAAGAAGAAACACUGACAGUGAUUCUAGACGAGGACAAAAAGAGGAAAAAUAAAAAUAAAGAGGACAAGAAACUCGAAGGCAAAGAGAGCCAAAGCUACCAGAAAUUGAAAUCUGAUACGAUAAAAAAAGAAAUGUAUGUUACAUGUAAGACAACGUCAAUGGUAACAUUACAUUACAUUAUUUUACUGUACGAGUAAAUUUGCAUUGUAAAAUGAUCUAUCUAAUGUGCAAUAUAAAUAUUCUUACUGUAAGUGAUGUAAAUAUGAUCCAUUUAAUUAUCUGUUAACAUUUUGGAGUGCAUGCAGAUGACGUAACAUAACAAGUAAUGCAACAAAUAUGACAUUUCAUUUAAACAAAUAAAAGCCUUCCUGCUGUAUCCUCGUAUGAAUCUACUUCAGCUAUUGAGCUCAGCUGUCAAAAUGACUUUAACAGAAGACAGAAAAACAUUAAAUACCAAAAUGAUGCAACAAUUAAAAUGUUUAAGUUCAUGUUUAAGUUC